AUAGGUGAAGUGAAUAUUGUCUCUGAAACUCUCACCAAAUUGAUAGGUAAAGUGCGAUUGGUUUGCAAGGUUUUGGGAGAAUUGGUAUCACAGAUCGUACGCAGGGGCAUGGAUCGGCGUGAGGACGCGAAGUUGAUGAAAUUAUCAGAUUCCUCCGAUUUCUUCAGUAAUCUGGGCGAGGGUUUGUUAGUUGAAAUCCUGGGCAGGCUUCCCAACAGAGCAGUUAUUGAAUUGAAAUUGGUAUGCAAGAGCUGGUGUUCUCUUAUCUCUUCUCAGUAUUUCAUUACUUUUUUCCAUCACCGACGCCAUGACCCAUCCCUUCCGCCAAUUCCUCAUCCCUCAUCUUCGUCUGGCUGCUUUAUAUUCCAAACUGCACAUGACUGCGGUUUGUUGGUUCGCGGCGGCGGCUUUCACAGACUCGAUUUAAGUUUCCUUCCCUGUCCCCAAAGCAGCAUUAGAGUGGUGGGUUCGUGUGCUGAUUUAAUUCUAUGCUCCACCCGGACCUCCACCUGCCCCAUGUCCCAAACCAUAUUCUAUUAUGUCUGUAAUCCGCUAACCAAUCAGUGGGUUGCUCUUCCUCCUGCCCCACAAUUUCAAUUGAAAUACAGAAGGUGGGUCGCAAUUGCCACUGGCUUCCUUUGCGUUCCUGCGCCCUGUUCCCUUUGCACCACCCACAACAAUUCUCCCUAUAAAUUUAUGGUGGUUCGAAUUUGUAUUAUUCCAGUUAGUCCCAUCCAUUCCCAGUUCGAAUUCAAAGCUCAACUCUUCUUGUCUGAGGAAGGUGAAUGGAAAAGUCUUAUGGUUUCAUCACCUCGGGCCGUAAGGUAUCGAGUCCUUUCUUCUACAACUCUUGUCGCCUAUAAAGGGUUGCUACAUUGGCUCAUUUCUGGGUUUGUUCUUGUGUAUGAUCCCUAUAAUUGUCCCCAAAGAUUUUCCCGUGUAAUUGAUAUUGAUAUGCCAGCUGAUAUGAUAGCUGCAGAUAUCGGCCCCCAAACCAUUGGACUAUUUCAUGAUCGUAUUCGUGUAACAUAUGUGUGGGGUAUUUGGUUAGAAGAUCCCGUAUAUUAUAUAUGGGAGCUGCAGGACUACAACAUGGGGAAGUGGAGUUUGGUGCACAAACUUCGCCUUAGAACAACUCCGCGUCUCCCGGAUCCUGAUCUUAUAAUUAAUCUUGAUCCUAAAAUUAGAGAGACAGGAUUUUCCUACACAAACGGGGGUACUUUUUAUUGGACCAAUUCUUCUUCUUCUUCUUCUUCUGGGUGGUGGGUUGCUAAUGGGAUUGUCCAUUGGCUUACUGAUCAGUGGUGGCCAACACCAGUACCACCACUAACCAGCAAAAUUCAAAAUAAUGAAAAUACUCUCGGGAAUUCAUAGAAAAAAAAGGGUGAAAGGUAGAUAUAGAGUUUUCUCACAUCCUCCCGUCAUCUCUAUUCGAACAACAAAAAAAACGUUCUUUCUUGUUUCAUUAAUUUUAUAUGGUAGGUAUUAAUCUAAUUUUAUUUAGUUACAUUUCUAAAAGUAUUGUUUUAUUCGUCUACCCGUUUUGGGAUUUACAUUCUGUAAUCUGAAGG